AUGUUUACAGAUCGAGAGGGCCAGACGGCAGUGAUAAUCAACUUUGAUUCUUGUGCCCUCAAGGGAGAUCCACUCCCAAACAAACGGGGCCUACUACCGGAGGGUGCCAGCACUGCGGAAUUCGAGAAUGAUGAAUACUACGGAGAGACCUUGAUCCGGGGCAAAAUUGAUAGUGCUUGGUCGAAUGGUGAAUUGGUAGUCACUCUGUCGACGAAACCGUAG